CUGCUUUGAAAUUCUCUCUUUCGACCUUUUUGCCGUAUUUGAAAGAUUAGAAGAUGAGUUCUACAAAUAGCUAGGCUGACUGCAAAAAUACUGGACUCAACCUUCCUUGGCAAGCUGUGCUUCAUUAGAAUACCCUCCUUGGCAAGCUGAAAGAGCAUGGCAUUCUCUCAUUUUCCUGGCUAUUCUGCGGUAGUUGGGGCUCUGCUGUUGGCAACUUUCUUGGUUGCCGCUGUGGAUCAAGCUGGCUGUUUUAGUUUCACUUAUUCGACUUUUGAGAAAGCAAAUGAGUCCGAUCUCACCACAAAUAAUUCGUAUAUUGUUUUCGGUGCCAUCCAGGUUACACCUGAUGUUUCAUCCGGAGCCCUCAUCGAGAAUCAGUCUGGACGGGCCCUGUUCAAAAGGCCAUUCAGGUUGCGGAGCAACAUGUCUUUUAGAUCCACUUUUGUACUUAACAUCUCCAACAAGACAAACCCAGGUGGCGAAGGCUUGGCCUUUAUCUUAACCGGGAGUACCGAUCUUCCACCAAGCAGCCAUGGACAAUGGCUUGGGAUUGUGAAUCAGACUACUAAUGGAUCGGCUGAAGCCCAGAUUGUGGCGGUGGAAUUUGACACCAGGAAGAGCUACCCAGAAGAUCUGGAUGAUAACCACGUCGGUCUGAAUGUGAAUUCCAUCAAUUCAAUCACUCAAAAGAGCCUAAGCCUCAAGCUUUCAAAUGAAAUUGGUAAGAAUGUAACGGUGAAAGUUGAGUAUGACGGGGGAGUUUUGAGAGUGUUUGUUGAAGAAAACGCGAGCACGCCUGUGAUUUCUGAGACUAUUGAUCUCUCAAAAUAUCUACCUGAGAAGAUCUAUGUGGGGUUCUCAGCUUCAACUGGGAUCCAGACCGAGCUCAACUGUGUGAAGUCGUGGGAAUUUGGUGGGUUGGAUAUAUAUGAAGAAAAAAGCCUGGUUUGGGUGUGGAUCACAGUCCCUAUAGUAGUGUUUCUUGCCGUCACCAUUCCCCUCUUGUAUUGGAGAUGCACACGGGAAGACGAGGGUCGCGUGGAGGAUGGUGAUGAUCCAGAAGUGGAGCUACAAAUUCAAGGUUCAUCCAUGGCUCCAAAGAGAUUCAGACUAAAAGAACUUCAAGCUGCCACGGCCAACUUCAACAGCAAGAACCAGCUUGGAGAAGGGGGAUUUGGGAAAGUCUACAAAGGAGUCUUGGAAAAGAAGGAGGUAGCUGUGAAGAGAUUUUCGAAGAAUUCCCAUCAAGGAAAGCAAGAUUUUAUAGCAGAAGUCACAACCAUUGGAAACCUCCACCACAAGAAUCUCGUAAAAUUAGUGGGAUGGUGCUAUGAAAGAAGUGAGCUGCUUCUUGUGUAUGAGUUCAUGCCGAAUAAAAGCCUCGACAAACUCAUCUUCAGCAAUCAAAAGCAAAGCACAGAGACUAACCCAAUCGUACUGGAUUGGGAAAAAAGGCAUAGCAUCAUCCGUGGAGUGGCUCAGGCGCUGGACUACCUUCACAAUGGAUGCCAGGAUAGGGUGCUUCACCGGGACAUCAAAACAAGCAACAUCAUGCUAGAUUCUGAGUUCAACGCGCGGUUGGGGGACUUUGGACUGGCCAGAACCAUCCACCCCAAUGACCAAACUCACCAUUCCACUCAAGUUCUUGCAGGAACACAUGGCUAUAUGGCUCCAGAAAGCUUCCACAACAGCAGAGCAACCGUUGAAACAGACGUGUAUGCUUUUGGGGUUCUUCUAUUGGAAGUUGUCUGUGCAAGAAAGCCUGGAACUCAGAGCAUGGAGAACGAUUAUAACAACAGUAUAGUGGACUGGGUGUGGGCGCAUCACAGGAGGGACAGGCUUUUUGAAGUCGUAGAUUUCCGAUUGAACGGGGAUUUCAACAGGGAGCAAGUUGAAUGUGUGUUGAUGUUGGCAUUGGCCUGCUGCCAUCCGAAUCCAUACGAGAGGCCAUCCAUGAGAACUGCUUUGAGGGUUAUCACAGGGGAGGUUGAUCCACCACUUAUCCCCUUUGACAAGCCUGUUUUCAUGUGGCCAGCCACAGCUCCUCCAUCUUUCAAUGAGGAUUUGGAGUACUGCUCUGUAAGUGGAGGCCAAAUGACUCCCCUUUCAGAGCUCAGUGGGAGAUAAAAAAAAAAAAAAACAUGCCAAAAACUCAGGAAGUCGAUUGAUAUCCAUCUCCCGAUAAGCGUAGUUCAUGUUUUUCAUUAGUUAGUUGAUAGUGAAUUUGUAAAUAUAGCAAGCUAAGUAGCUUCGUUCAAGGCAUGAAAAGCUCUAGUUGUAUGUUAACAGUUGUAAUGAAUGAAGUCUUUUGAAUGGAAUCAACAACCUAGGUUUUUUUUCCUUU